AUGUCGGCCAACGCUGCGUCCUCCAAAGACCACAAGGUCAAGGAGCCCCAACCUGGCCAGCCAAUGUACGGAUGUGAGCAUGUCGGACGUCUAUUUAACCAAGAUCAAGCGACCAUCAACAUGUCCAUACAACAUUACAAGACCAUCCUGCGGGCCCUGUUCGACAUCAACCCUAUGGUCCCCCAAACGGCCAGGGGCAUGGAUGGCCUGGUUGUGACAUCCCUUACCCCGACUUACCUUUGUUUACAAUGUCCCUCGACCCUCACUGAAGAUGACCUCUCAAAACAUGGCAGCAAAAAAUCACAUCGCUUCUAUGUUGAGUCGAGGUGUGGUGCAUUGUAUUGCCAAAUGUGCGACGACAUCGUCUGGGACCCUACCUUUGAGGAUUUGAGGUUAAAGAAGCUCGGCACAGGGUCAUUUUUCGGCAGCCGAAAGCGUAAACAUGAAGAACUCUUCGCUCCUGACCCCGUCAAGGACGCGCCCCAGUAUAUAUCAACCAACACCACCCUCGCCACCUGCAAGGCAAAUGGUCUCCGUGGCAUCUAUAACGCCGGAGCAACUUGCUAUCAAAACGUCGUACUCCAGUCAUUUCUCCAUAAUCCUAUAUUACGCAACUUCUACCUGAGCGAUGGGCAUCAAUCAGGCAGUUGCGACACUCCCCACUGCCUCAGUUGUGCCAUGGACGAUAUGUUCCAGGAGUUUUAUGCCAGCGAAACCACGAACGGCUACACCGCUGCCAAUAUUUUGUCAGGCUUCUGGAUCAGUGAGAAGAAGGCUUUUGAGAACUUGGUGGCCAACAAAGAGCAAGAUGCCCAUGAGUUUUUCCAGUUCAUGGCAGAGGAAUUACACGAGAGAAAUGGCGACGGCAAGAGACCUGAAAUUGGCAGUGAGCAUACGUGCAACUGCAUCAUCCACCAAACAUACUACGGAAAAUUACAGACGUCAACAACGUGCCAAAACUGCGGGGGCGUUACGAACCAAGCUCAGAGCUUUUUGGAUCUCAGUGUUCCCUUGGAGAAUUUGACGCAAAAAAGGGGCAAGAAGAACUUGGCUAAUGGUGACGGACCGGCGAGGUCGCAAACCAGUGUCACUCUCCAGGAAUGCCUGGACGAGGAAUACAUCAAGUCCGACAAGUGCGAGUAUCGGUGUCAGAACUGCAAUUCAGUACAGCAAGCAAGGAGACAGACCAGUAUCAAGAAGUUACCCAACGUUCUGUCUAUCCAGCUCAAGAGGUUCGAGUUCAAACAAGGGCGUAACGACCGUGCCCAGAAAAUCGAGACGCCGGUUCAAUUUCCCUUACAGCUCAACAUGCUGCCUUACACGACACGCGCACGAACACAGGAUCUCAAGCAGGAUUACGAGCUACAGCGGUCCUGCACUUACGAUCUUCUUUGUGUCGUUGUGCAUGUUGGUGACAUGGAUACCGGUCAUUACAUUUCUUAUUGCCGUGUCGGCGAGCAGUGGUUUGCAUUCAACGACCACAAAGUUGAACUGGCCCAGAAGUCUGACGUGCUGAACGCAAAGGCCUAUCUUCUUUUUUACAUUGUUCGUUCUUUGUCUUGA